AUGUACACCGACAUGAAUGACAGUGAUCUAGAUGGCCUGGUUAGGUGCAUACUACGGGAGUUUCCUAAUGCUGGUUACAAGAGAAUGACUGGCUUCUUACUUGCUCGAGGAAUACGACUUCAGCAAAGUAGGAUACGGUCUGCUAUGCAACGAGUCAACCCCGAGGGCUGUCUCUUGAGAUCACUGGAGUUGAACGUAUUGCACCGCCGCAGUUACCAGGUGUACGGACCCUUGGCACUGUGGCACUUAGACGGAAACCACAAAUUAAUAAGGUAAUGUACAAAGUGUUUAGAGAAUGCUAUUAUACCUUGCGAUAGCUCAAAAUUAAAAACAAACUCGAUGUCCCUAAAAAAAAAAGUAAAUAAGUUUAAGUAUUAAAACUUUCCUAUGCUGCAUGUAUACUCCCCAGAUGGAGAAUUGUCAUUCACGGCGGCAUUGAUGGAUACUCCAGAAUGAUUGUUUUUCUUCAAGCUGCCACCAACAACAAAGCCUUGACUGUUUUUCAGUGGUUCCAGUCAGCAGUGCAAACUUACGGCCUUCCAUCACGUGUAAGGACGGACAAAGGUGGCGAGAAUGUGGAAGUAGCAUGGUUCAUGUUAAACCAUCCUUUGCGUGGCCCAAAUCGUGGCAGCCACAUAACGGGAAGAAGUGUGCAUAACCAACGAAUCGAGCGUUUGUGGAGGGAUGUGUUCUUGGGUUGUACAUACCUGUUUUACUAUCUGUUUUAUUAUAUGGAGAACUGUGGUAUUCUAGACCCUGAUAAUGAAGUUCACCUAUUUGCCUUGCAUUAUGUCUACGUACCACGAAUACAAAGAAAUUUGGAUCUGUUUACUGCUGGUCACAACAGGGGCCCACUGAGCACGGAGCACAACGCCUCACCUGAGCAGUUGUUUAUUCAAGGCAUGUUAUCAGUAGCAAACAGUGAGCAGAGAACAGCAGUUGAAUUCGCUAAUCAGGUAAAACUAUUUCUCUUUCGCAAAAUGUUUCAGGUUAUGUUUGGUAGGGAACAAAUAUUAGGUACUUUUGUUGUUGUUUUGGCAAAAAUGUUGUCUAAACAUUCCCUCCAUAGUUAUAGGUAGUACGUGAAGGCUACAACACAGUCACGUCACCACUUCACGUAGUAUUAUUGUUGUUUUAUUGUUGUUUUUAUUCAUGUCGUUAAUUUUCAGAGUGAAAUUGAUGCAUAUGGCAUUGAUCUGGAUGGACCUGCACCUUCCGAGGAAUGGGACGGUCCAAUUAAUGAUGAUGUAGGAACUGUUGAAGUGCCUUCUACAGAAUGUCCACUAGUAAACGAAACAUGGCAAUUACUAUCAGCUACUAUUGGUCCAUUGAGCAUCUCAGAUGUCCAUGGCGUGGACAUAUACCUGAAACAAUCACGCUCAUUCAAAACAUGA